UUCCCUUCGAUUAUCCCUGGCCUGGACGAAGAGAUAAAGCUCCUGGCCCACACAAUUGUGGUUUUUCCAGGUUUUGCCGCUGUACCUCGGUGCUGGUGGAACGCAGGAUUUUCGGUUCAGAGAGGACAUCGCUUCCGUUUGUGUCCCGUUCCUUUACCUAUCUCUUUUCUCUGCUUUCUCUGAUUUCUCCCCUGCUUUGUUUCUCCGUCAGUUUCGAUCUGCUGGACUACCGAUGUCUCAAGUGCCACAGGGGUUGUCUGAGUGAACCGUUAAACACAGAUCCGGCUGUUAUCUUUUGCCUCUCUCCUCGUUCUCUCCCGUUUGCUUUCCUUACCGCAAACUUUCUGCUUCUGAAAGGCCUGUGGCGCUGUCACUGGCAGCUGUUGUCGAAGCAAGUGUCUCGUACCUCUUCGUUAUUCCUCCCCUCCGUUUCUCCCUUCCUCGUCCUGUUCCUCUGUCGUCUCUGUUCGACACGGUCUUCAACGGUACGAGUUUUGUCGGCUCUCCCCUCGUCCGCUUCUCUCUUCCGCGGCUUGCCUUGUCUUUGCCUGUCUGCUGUAUUUCGAUCAUCUGAGUUUUCUGUUGAAAUUCUUCGUUUCCUCCGCCCACUGACGCUCUGCCGUCUUCUUUCGUCGUGUCCAGUUCGGAAGUCUUCACGAGCUGCUUUCUCUUCCACUGUCACUAAGAAGAAGCCGGAGAUAUAAGUUUUCCUCUUCCCGUCCUCUCCUCUCUUCACAUUCUUCCUCUCUCUCCCUUCUUCGUUCCUCCUUCGUUCUCCCUAACCAGUCCUUCCGGACCCACACCAACUCACCAUGGCGGCGAAGCAUCACCCCGACUUGAUUAUGUGCCGCAAGCAGCCGGGCAUCGCCAUUGGGCGCCUCUGCGAGAAAUGCGACGGCAAAUGCCCCAUCUGUGACAGCUACGUCCGUCCACACACACUCGUGCGAAUCUGCGACGAGUGUAACUACGGCAGCUACCAAGGCCGCUGUGUGAUCUGCGGGGGCCCCGGCAUUUCCGACGCGUACUAUUGCAAGGAGUGCUGCCAGAUGGAGAAAGAUCGCGACGGAUGCCCGAAAAUCGUCAACCUGGGAAGCGCGAAAACAGAUCUCUUCUACGAGAGGAAGAAGUACGGAUUCAAGCGAGGGUCCUAGGUGUCUCCUUCCUGACGAGAAGGCGACAGGCUCCUGCUCUGGUUACAAAACGAGGAAAUGUGCAAGUGUCCCGCGCAGCACACGGGCACCUGAGAAUGCUUUCUGUCGUUUCCCCACGCCUGACGGGGCACCUUUUUCGUCUUCAAUCUUGAAAUCGUUUUUUCGUUUUCUUCUUCUCUCCCCUGUCCUUCCGUCACACGGGGCCCUGUCUCCCCUCUCCUUGAUCUGUGAAA